AUGCCUACUGUCAAUCAACUGGUACGCAAGGGUCGGAAGCCCAUCCGCAAAAAGACCAAGGCGCCGGCGCUGCAUUGGGUGCAGAACUCCCUGCGGAACCGCACGAAGUGGGGUCCCGGGUGCCCGCAGCGGCGGGGCGUUUGCAUCCAGGUGCGCACCAUGACUCCCAAGAAGCCGAACUCCGCGCUGCGCAAGAUCUGCCGCGUCCGGUUGACCAACGGUGUGGAAGUCACUGCCUACAUCGGCGGCGAGGGACACAACCUGCAGGAGCACUCGGUGGUGCUGAUCCGUGGCGGCCGCGUCAAGGACCUGCCCGGAGUACGCUAUCACGUGGUCCGAAGCAACCUGGACACCGAAGGUGUAGACGGACGACGCCAGGGUCGCAGCAAGUACGGAGCUCGUAAAGGCUAA